AUGUGCCCAGGUUCAGAUUUGAUGCCGAAGGCUAUCAUCAAUGAUCCUAACGUAAUUAACAUUAUAACAACUGCAUUGUUAAAUGUGCAAAACGAUUAUGUAACUGUGAACCCAGAAUGGGAUAAUGGCACUCGCUCAUAUGUUGUCCUAGAAGCAAAGUCAUCAGUAAUGAGUCAUCCUCCUAUAAUUAUAGAAAUACAACAUACGAUUAACAGCUUAUUUAUAAAGAGAUUCAUAAAUUACAGCCUUGAGGCUUUUAAAAGAUAUAACUUGGACCCUAUUGUUCCCAUCGUAUGCACCGAUGCCUUAUCCGAUUACGUUGCCAAAAACGUAAAGAGCAGCAACAUUCCUUCAUGCAAUGACUUUCCUUCAACAGGUUGGGCCUCUCGUUGCCUGAUUGUGUCUAAAGCAUGUAUCCAAGAGAGCAUUGAUACCAUACCUGUGGACCCUUUCGUCGCUCUUAAUUUAUUUCUGACUAGCCGGGCAGUUACGAUAAAUGAUACACUUUACGCAGAUGAUUAUACUAUUCAAUUUCUGUACAUCUUGACCUUAAAAAAAACAUCAAAUUCGGCUCGGAGAUCAAUAUAUUGGUGA